AUGAUUAACUUCACUAUAAUAUUUUUAUGUAUUUAUCAUUUAAUUUUAUCAUUAUUAGGAUCAUUAUUUUUUGAAAAUUACUUAUUUAAGGAUUUUGAAAAUAGCUUCAGUUUAGUAAAAGUAAUUUUUUGUUUUUCUUUUGUUCUCUGUCUAUCAUUGUUAUCUAUGAUCUUAUUUGAGAUAUUAGGCUUUAUAACUACUACAUUAAAGUUAUUUAUAUGGUAUAUUGAUAUAACUCUUUUGAUUUUAUUUAUUUAUUUAAUUAUUCCUGUUAGCUUAAUAUAUACAUAUAUUACGUAUGAAGAUGAAAAAGUUUCAAGGAGUUUAUUCAAAUUUAAAUAUUUUUACACUAUUUUAACUAAAAUGAAGCAUAAAAAAAUUAAUGAACUUGAAGAAGAUAAAAAAAAUUUUAUGAGAAGAUUAGUUUACAUUAGUGAAGACUUAAUCUCAAAAAUGAAAAAUUAUAAUAGGAAAAUAAAAAAGCGAAAUAAGCAAAAAAUUCUUAAAUUUUUUAUAGGAUGUCUUUUUUUCUUACCUAUUAUUUGGUUUACCUUUUAUAAAAUAUCAAUGAUUACAUUAAAAAACAACAGUGAUGUUUAUGAGAAAUCAGAUAUGUAUAAUAUAGGAACUAUUUUACAAGAAAAAUUCAAUAAAAUAAAUAAAGAGUUAAAUGAAGAAUACGAUAUAAAUAAUGAAAAAACAAAUAAUUCACCAUUUAUUAAAAUAAUGAAAAAUUUACUUAUUUAUAUAUCUGUUACAGGAAUGACUAUAGUUAGUGCACUUUCAGCUUUUACUAGUUUAUAUUCCCCGUAUACAAAUAUAAGUAAUUUUUUUUUUUUUGUUACCAUUAAUAAAGUUAAAAUAAUUGAAAAAAAAAUUAAAUUCAUAACAGAUGAAUUAUCAUCAAAGAAAAAAAUGUUGUUAUUAUAUGAAAACCCUCAUUUAAUUAAUAGUUAUUUUAAAAAUAUGAAUGAACCUACCUUUAACAAUAAGGGAGAUAUUUAUACGAAUGCAAAUAAUAAUUACAAAGAGGAAAUAGAAUUUGAAGAUUUAGCUACUUACACAGAUAACAUUACACAUAAGGAUAAAUAUAAAAUGAAUACAAAUAAUAAUUUAAAUUUUAAUGAAAAUAUUAAUAUAUGUAAUAUUCAUAAUACUAAUGAUAUGCAUAAUAAUAGUAUAGACCAUUGCUACGGUCGUUUCACACAUAAUAUUAGUCCUUUUGAUAAUUUACAAAAUAAUUUAAAUUAUAAUACAUGUCAGGAAGAAUCAUUGUAUAAUAAUAAUGAUAGUUUGAAUCAUGAAAUUAUCCAAAAUGAAAAUAAUUUUGAGUAUGAUGAUAAAAAAAGAAAAGAAAAAUCUGAAUAUGCAUGUUUUAAUAGGUUUAAAAAAUGUAACUUAUAUUUGGAUAGUCAUAAAUCUAUUUACAAGGAUAUAUAUGAAACAUUUAUGAAAAAAGAAAAGAAUUUUGAUAAUUUAUUUAAUAUAAAUGAAGAUAUAUAUGAUAUGAAAGAAAUUGAAAUGAUAGAAAAAAAGGAAUCAAAAUUAAUAGAAAAAAACGAUGAAUUUAAUGAAACAUACAUUGAUAGAAUAAUAAUGAGCACAAAAGAAAAUUCUAAUAAUAAAAUAACAACACCAUUUGAGAAAAGUAUUAGUAGUAGUAACUCCUUAUUUAAAAGAAAUGUUAAAUCAGAUAAUUUAUUCGAAAAUAAACAUGUAAAUUAUAAAAGAAAAUUUAUUUUUUUUAAAACCAAAGAUAAUUUUGAUGAAAAAAGUGGCACAAAAGAGGAAAAUGAUUCUGGAGCAGGAAAAAAUAAAUCCUUUUUUUAUAAAUAUACUGUUUAUUCUUUUAAAAAGAUAUUUCAGAAUUAUGAUACUUUGCCCCAUAAUGUUACAAAUAAAGAAAAUGUGAAUUUAAAUAAAAAUUAUAUUUCUGCAUUUCUUUUCAAUAGUUUUCAUAAACCUUAUAAAACUUUUCAUAGUGUGAAGGAAUUUUUUAUGGGAAAAAAAAGAAAUAUUAAUAAAAAAAAAAAGGAAAUAUUAAUUCAAGAUAUAAAAGCUUUAGAAUAUAUGGUGAAGAAAUUAUACUUUUUAUUAGAUGAAGUUAUAAAAGAACAAAUACGAGUGAAUCACAGUACUACUUUUUUUGGUAUAUUAUUGUAUUUAUUAGGAAUAAUCAUGUCGAUAUUAUGUUUAUAUAAAAUUAUAAAAACAUGCUACAUUAUAUAUAUGAUAGAAAUUCACUAUAGAUUUAUUUCCACUUAUAGUAAUGGACAUGUGUUAAUGCUAUUUUAUGCAAAAAAUAUGAAUAUUUCAAUCAUAAAUGAAUUGAAAAAUGUUCUUCAUAUAGUUAACAUAAAUAUUAAUUUAGAUAAUUAUGUUAUUUCUAUAACAUCUAUAUUAUUAUUAUGUUUUAUUUUUACUAAUUUAAAAACAUUUAUGGAAAAGAUCAUAAAAUUAAGAUAUUCAACAAAAUCAUCUUUAUAUUCUAAUUUAGCUAUCCUGUUAAUGUGCGAGAUAAUGGAUUUAUAUUUUUCUGCUUAUUGUAUACAAUUAUUUGAUUAUUUACCAAUUAAAGAGAAGAUUAAAAUGCUUUAUAUAUUUUUUAAUAAUAAUUUAUUAAAUUUAUUUAAGUUAAAAUAUCAUUUUGAUUUUGUUUAUGUUAUAUCCUUGUUUGUUUCUUUAAUUUUAAUUAAAUUUCAUCAUAAGCAUAGAACAGAGCAAUUUAAAGAAAUAUAA